AUGGAAAUAACAGGGUUCUGGCUUUUGACAUUGUUAACGUAGGAAUCAAGACCUUAGUCACAUGAUGAAUGAUCCAAAGGGCGAAGUGGAAAUCACAUAUCACAUCUCUGAAUACGAAAGUCUAUCAAUUUUAGGUUAAAGAAGAGACAGUUAUAUUUAUAAUUUCAACCAUACGGAAGGGGGAAAAAAGUUGAGAGGAUCAAUAUAAACAUGCGUACGAUUCUUGAACCCAAAGGCUUGCAUUACCCACCUCUGUCAUCCUUGUCUUUUAAGCAAAAACUUAUACCCAAUGCUCCCACCACUUACACCAGAACAUUCUUUCCCAGCUUCCUCUUUCAUCCUUCCUUUACUUGUUUGUCCUGGAAAAUUCACUUCUCACUGAUUUGAGUUCCAUCUUCAGUGAACAGUACCAAACAUCAAAAUGGGUUCAUACCAGACACCAAUUGGAGUGAGAACCUCUUCAAUGGUGGAAACUUCAUGUGGGUUUCUGCUACAAGAAUUGCAGAAAAUAUGGGAUGAAGUUGGAGAAGAUCAGUUUGAGAGAGAGAAGAUUUUGCUGGAUUUGGAGCAAGAGUGCCUCGAAGUUUAUAGGAGAAAAGUAGACAGGGCAAAUAUUUCCAGAGCUCGUCUUCAUCAGGAAUUGGUAGAAGCAGAGGCUGAAUUCACCCAUCUUCUUUUGACUCUUGGUGAACGAUCUUUUCCUGGAUGGCCAGAGAAAAGAGCAGGAACAUUGAAAGAGCAAUUGAAAUCCAUCACGCCAGCACUCCAGGAGAUGUGCUCGAGGAAAGAAGAGAGGCUAAACCAGUUCCGAGCUGUACAAGAACAAAUACAAAAAGUAAAAGCUGAAAUUGCAGGUAAAUCCGAAGAAGCAACAUCAAGCAUUGCUGUAAACGAGAGUGAUCUUUCACUGAAAAAACUUGACGAGUAUCAGACUGAGCUGCAACGGCUCUACAAGGAGAAGAACGAAAGACUAAAGAAGGUAGAGAGGUAUAUAGAGGUGAUCCAUAACUUGUCCAACAUCUUGGGGAAGGACUCCCCCGCAAUAAUAAGCAAAGUUCAUCCAGGCUUGAGUGAUGUGAAGGGAAUGUCAAAAAACAUAAGUGACACUAUCUUGUCUAAACUCAAUAGCACAGUGGAGUCCCUCAUGGAAGAAAAGCAAAAUCGGCUUGACAAGCUUCACUAUCUUGGUAAAGCACUGACAAAUUUGUGGAAUCUCAUGGAUACACCAAAUGAUGAUCGACUGCCUUUUUCCCAUAUAGCUGGCUUGUCGUCAGUUCCAUCAUUGAAAGCACUGGAUCCUGGAAUUUUUUCCCUAGACAUAGUCCAGAAGGCUGAAGCUGAAGUCAAGAGACUGGAUCAGUUAAAAGCAAGCAAAAUGAAAGAGAUAUUUUUGAAGAAACAGGAAGAACUUGGGCAGAUAUGUAAAAAAUCGCACAUGGAGAUUCCUACACAGUCGGAGAUGAAUAAGAUCUUCAACCUUAUAAACUCAGGGGAGAUUGAACAUUCCGAUCUCCUCAAGAGCAUGGGUGAACAGAUAUCAAGAGUAAAAGAAGAGGCUGCUAGCAGGAAGGUUAUAAUGGAGAAAGUGGAAAAGUGGAUUUUAGCAUGUGAUGAGGAGCGGUGGCUCGAAGAAUAUAACAGGGAUGAAAACCGAUACUCAGUCAGUAGAGGAGCUCACAAGAACUUGAGACGGGCUGAGCGUGCCCGAAUAAUGGUCAGCAGGAUACCAGCUUUGGUAGAAAUGCUAAUGGCGAUGACCAAGAGUUGGGAAGAAGAGAGAAACAAAGUUUUCUUGUACGAUCAGGCACCUUUAUUAGCAAUAUUGGAAGAUUAUUACAUGGUAAGGCAGGAAAAGGAAGAGGAGAAGAAAAGACAACAGGGAAAGAAGAAAGUUCAGAGCCAGUUAGUAGUUCAUCAGCAAGGUAACAUACAUGCUUCCAGAGCAGGUGACAGCAGCAGGCGUCUUCAGUUUAAAAGUGUGAAUGGAGGACUAGAAUACACAACACCCUUGAACAGAAGGCUUGCUCUAGGUACCCAACAACUGGAAUGAAAUAAGAUAAAUUCAGAGAACGAAGGCAUGUCCUUCUUCAAGGAUGGCAAGAAGGUAACAAAAAGCAGAUUUUCGGUCAACCAAACCAAGCCUUCUUUCUCAUUUUCAAAUCAGAGAUGAGAUCUCUUCGCUGUUGUCACUUGUCAAUCUACGCUAGACCUUUAUCACCUUCCUUUUCUUAUUUUACAAGAAACAUAGGUUAUGACUGAAAUUUGUUUUCCAUAAAACUAUUGUAGACCUGUAACAAUAAAUUUGAAGUUUGUUACGUAAAAGAAAUUUAAAUGUAUUCAUGUUUUUGCACAUGCUGCACACAAAUAAAUAGCCUUGAGCUGGGUAUCAAGUGCCAAUAGAACAA